AUGGCAGAGAAGGACAUCAUGGCGAUUUCUGCACCUGCACCAGCGAUGCACGCUUCGCCGAUGGUCACGGAGGAGACAACUACAUACGAUGCUAGUGAGGUUACCUCAGACUAUACCACGCCUCCUUCUGGUCCCGUACCUCCUCCGCGUCCUCCUCCACCUCCUCCCCCUCCUGCUCCCCCUCCACCUCCACUUCCAUCGCCUCCUCCUCCUCCGCCUCCCCCACCUCCACCGCCUCCUCCACGUCCCCGGCCUGCUCCUUCUCUGCCUCCUCCACCUCCACCGCCUCCUCCGCGUCCCCCUUCUCCACCUCCCCCUCCUCCCCCGUCUUCUCCACCUACUCUCCCGCCUCCUCCACCUCCCGCGUCUCCCCCACCUCCUGCACGUCCUUCUCCCCCGCCUCCAGCUCCCUCAACUCCACCUGCUCCCUCACCUCCACCGCCACCUCCACUCCCUCCUCCUCCUUCGCCUACGCCACCUCCUGGGCCUACUCCGAGUUCCCCGCCUACCUCUGUUGAACCUCACGCCAUGGGCAUGAGGCCGCUAUUUUGCACGUUCGGCGUCCACAAGCAGGACUACACCAAGAUCGACGUGGGCCCCUGCGACUAUGCCUUCAUCCCUUUCUACGCGCGUGGCAGAGACACGUUCAUUGACGACAGCGACCCGGUCACCACGGGUUUGAUCGACAGGGCGGCCGCGUCGACGAAGACGUCCUUCGUCAUCAGCGUCCCCAGCGCGCAAGUCCUUUGCCUCUUUCCAUUUCACUGUAUUCUGUGA